UCCGCGCAGUGUGCCGGGCUGUGCCGUUGCGCAGAGACCGUGCGCUCCUAGUGGCCGAGCUGCUUUUAACCCAGAAACAAAUGUCAUGUAGCAGAUUAUUUUUUUUAACGCUAUGCGUUUUCCAGGAGCCGGUUCUCGUCUUAGAGAAGCAACUUUUGGUGUCUCUGUUGGAAGUUUAAGGCGGACUCUCACUUUAGCUGUCGUCUGAACUAUGGAGAAAUCACAGAAGAUCUAAAGGUGCCAGAGGCGCUUCUUUUAGGAAAGACAGGACCUGCGGAGAAGUGCAGAGCUCGUGCGCUGCCUUUUACGCGCGUGGACUUGAGUAUCUCUCUUCUCAGACUCAGUGGGCUUUUGCUCGUUCAGUGGGUCAUAUCAGGAAAAAAACAGCACAGAUUGCGGAUGAGCUGGCGGCGCGAAGAGGGAUAAUACUCCAAAGCGCGAGAGUUUGGAUUUAAGCUUCGGAUGUUCACACCCCGAGCAGCUUCGGGUUGAACUGCUGUUAAAUGGAUCCUGUCUGUUUUUGGACAUUUAAACUGGCUUUUGUCAGCAAGUAGGGCAGUCCAGCACUUGCCCAUCACUCCCGGAGACGCGGAGUGGACCUGACCGUCAUUUGGACACAUCUCCCACGCAGAGAAUUGGAGAUUUUCUGCGCCCGCCGUGGAUGUUUUAAUAUGCUAGUAUGGGUCCACUAGCAUUCAUCCUUGUUAGUGGAUUCCUAUAUUCACAAGUUGAUGGAUCCCGUCUACGCCAAGAGGAUUCCCCACCCAGGAUAGUGGAGCAUCCCUCAGACUUGAUUGUAUCCAAAGGGGAACCCGCCACACUCAACUGCAAAGCAGAGGGGCGGCCGCCCCCAACAGUGGAGUGGUACAAGGAUGGGGAGCGGGUAGAAACGGACAAAGAUGACCCACGUUCACACCGUAUGCUGCUUCCUACUGGCUCGCUAUUCUUCCUUCGCAUUGUUCACGGACGACGGAGCAAACCGGAUGAGGGAUCGUAUGUCUGCGUGGCCCGGAACUACCUGGGAGAAGCUGUCAGCCGCAACGCAUCUCUAGAAGUAGCAUUGCUGCGAGACGAUUUCAGACAAAAUCCCAUUGACGUGGUGGUGGCAGCAGCAGAGCCAGCCAUUCUGGAAUGCGUUCCUCCCAGAGGCCAUCCUGAACCCACCAUCUACUGGAAGAAGGACAAAGUGCGAAUUGACGACAAGGAUGACAGAAUCACUAUUCGUGGAGGGAAGCUCAUGAUCUCCAACACCAAAAAGACUGAUGCUGGCAUGUACAUCUGUGUGGGUACCAAUAUGGUUGGAGAGCGAGAAAGUGAGACUGCUCAGCUGACUGUGUUUGAGCGACCGACCUUCAUUCGAAGGCCGAUCAACCAGGUGGUCCUGGAGGACGAAAUGGUUGAGUUCCGCUGCCAGGUGCAAGGAGACCCCCAACCGAAUGUUCGCUGGAGAAAAGAUGACGUUGAUGUUCCUCGAGGGAGAUACGAUAUCAAGUAUGACAAGGACGACUAUGUGCUGAGAGUGAAGAAGGCUUCCGUUAGCGAUGAAGGCACAUUCACCUGUGUAGCAGAAAACCGUGUUGGCAAGCUGGAAGCCGCUGCCAGUCUUACAGUCAGAGCUCGCCCUGUUGCUCCACCUCAGUUUGUCAUUCGCCCAAGAGACCAAAUUGUGGCACAAGACCGUAAUGCCACAUUUCCAUGUGAAGCCAAAGGAAAUCCACAACCUGCUGUCUUCUGGCAAAAGGAGGGGAGUCAGAAUUUGCUGUUUCCCAACCAGCCCAACAGUCGCUUCUCAGUGUCGCCCAGCGGAGAGCUCACCAUCACUUCAGUGCAGCGGUCAGAUGCUGGUUACUAUAUUUGCCAGGCCCUGACCGUUGCAGGCAGCAUCCUUGCCAAGGCUCAGCUGGAGGUCACAGAUGUGCUCGCAGACAGACCCCCACCUAUUAUUCGUCAAGGCCCAUCCAAUCAGACACUCGGGGUGGACAGAGUGGCCUUACUGAAGUGUCAGGCAUCAGGUGAGCCCAUCCCGUCCAUCAGCUGGCUGAAAGAUGGGUUCAGUCUUCUGGGAAAGGACCCACGCAUGUCCCUGCAGGCGCCGGGCAGCUUGCAGAUCAAAAACAUCAAGCUUUCUGACUCGGGGGUCUACACAUGUGUUGCUACUAGUUCAAGUGGGGAGACAUCGUGGAGUGCUUUCUUGGAAGUGAAAGACCCCGGUUCAGUAAUAAUCAAUGAAAAGGAUGAGAAUAAACUUCCUGGGCCGCCAUCUAAACCUCAGGUCAUUGAUGUCACAAGGAACAGUGUGUCCUUGUCUUGGCAGUCUGGAAUGGCUGGAGAGUCUCCAGUCACCUCCUAUGUCAUUGAAGCGUUCAGCCAAUCAGUGAGUAACAGCUGGCAAACAGUGGCAGACCAUCUCAAAACCACACAGUUUACUGUCAAAAGUCUCCGUCCCAACACCAUCUACCUAUUUAUGGUCCGAGCAGUCAAUAGCCAUGGCCUGAGUGAUCCAAGUCCCAUUUCUGAUCCUGUCAGAACACAAGAUAUAAGCCCUCCAGCUCAGGGUGUGGACCACCGGCACGUACAGAAAGAGCUUGGCGAGGUCAUAGUUCGGUUGCAUAACCCAGUUGUCUUAAGUCCCACAACCAUUCAGGUCACUUGGACAGUGGAUCGGCAAUCCCAGUUUAUACAGGGUUACAGAGUUCUCUACAGGCAAACAUCAGGACUGCCUUCCCCAGGACAGUGGCAAACCCAGGAUGUAAAGAUCCCUUCCGAGCGCAGUGUUAAACUUUCAUCACUUAGGAAAGGAAUUGUUUAUGAGAUCAAGGUGCGCCCUUACUUCAACGAGUUUCAAGGCAUGGACAGUGAAUCCAGAACGUCACGCACCUUUGAGGAAGCUCCAAGCGCUCCCCCUCAACAGGUUACAGUUCUGACUGUGGGAAACCAGAACAGCACUUCUAUUAGCAUCUCUUGGGACCCUCCUCCACCAGACCACCAGAAUGGCAUCAUUCAAGAGUACAAGAUCUGGUGUCUCGGAAAUGAGACACGAUUCCAUGUAAAUAAGACUGUGGAUGCAGCCAUACGCUCUGUGGUGGUGGGCGGGCUGCAGGUGGGAGUGGUGUAUCAUGUGGAAGUGGCAGCCAGUACAAGUGCGGGAGUUGGAGUCAAGAGUGAACCUCAACCAAUUGUCAUUGGGAAAGAAUUCCAGGAAGUGAUUAUUCAUGGAAACCGGAACAACAGCAUCACAGAGCAGAUCACCGACGUGGUGAAACAGCCUGCAUUUAUUGCUGGUAUCGGAGGUGCCUGCUGGGUCAUCCUUAUGGGUUUCAGCAUCUGGCUGUACUGGAGGAGGAAGAAGAGAAAGGGUCUGAGCAACUACGCAGUUCAGUCCUUCACCUUCACCCCUGCAGUGACGUUCCAGAGAGUCGAUGGUGGCCUGAUGAGCAAUGGAAGCCGGCCGGGCCUGCUGAAUGCCACUGACCCAGGCUACCCCUGGUUAGCGGACUCUUGGCCAACAACCAGCCUGCCUGUCAACAGCAAUUCCGGGGGGCCAAAUGACCUGAGUAACUUUAGUCGAGGAGAUCUCCCCACUGGACAGGGAGAAAAGACAGGCACCAUGCUUUCUGAUGGAGCUAUCUACAGCAGUAUUGAUUUUACCACCAAAGCCAGCUACAACAGUCCUGGUCAAACAUCUCAAGCCACUCCAUAUGCCACCACUCAGAUUCUCCACUCCAGCAGCAUCCACGAGCUGGCUGUGGACCUUCCCGAGGCCCAGUGGAAGACCUCACUGCAGGCCAAGCAGGAAAUGGCCAACCUGGGCUACUCCCUGGUCGACAAGAACUCCUCCCUUGUUGACAAGAGCUCCUGCAACAACACCCUCCUUUUCAUUCCUGACUACCGAUUGGCCGAAGGAUUGUCUCAUAGAAUACCACACAACCAAUCACAAGAUUUCAGCACCACCAGCUCUCACAACAGCUCAGAGCGAAGCGGCAGUCUCUCAGGCGGGAAGGGAGGCAAGAAGAAGAAAACUAAAGCAGCCUCUAAAUCGGCUAAAGCCAAUGGGUCCAACUGGGCCAACGUCCCCCUCCCCCCUCCCCCGGUUCACCCUCUGCCUGGCACUGAGAUGGACCUUUAUCCCAAUGAGCACCAUGAUGGAGGAGGGUAUGAUAGUGACGGCUGGGGAACAGCCAUGCCUGUGCAGACGUACCUUCACCAGGGCAUGGAAGAUGAGCUGGAAGAAGAGGAAGAGAGGGUCCCCACUCCACCCAUCCGGGGGGUGGCCUCCUCCCCAGCUGCGGUGUCAUUCGGACAGCAGUCCACCGCCACCCUUACCCCCUCUCCACGGGACGAGAUGCAGCCAAUGCUGCAGGCUCAUUUGGAAGAGCUGACCAGAGCUUACCAACUGGACAUUGCUAAACAGACAUGGCACAUUCAGGGAGGCUCUCUUCCUCCACAUGCUCCAGCUCCUCCAGUAGGCUACGUGUCGAGCACAAUGGUUUCUGACCCGGAGACCGAUCUGCCUGAUGAGGAUUUGGAUGAGGAGGAAGAUGAGGAGGAUGAGGGGUACGGAGCCAGGCAUCACCGUGGCAUCGAUCACACACCAGGAUCUAGUAUGGACAACCUGGAUAGCUCUUUAACAGGGUCCAUGGUGAAUGGGUGGGGUUCGGCCUCUGAGGAUGAGCGUAAUUUCUCCAGCCACAGGUCCAGUCUGGACAGUUCCUCUGAUGGCUCCGUCUUUACCCACUGCAGCUUUUCCCAGGCCCUGGUGGCUGCUGCAGACAAGGCAGGCUACCGCCUUGAGGGCACUAGCCUCAGCAAGAGAGGUAAAGGCUUGUCCCACAGGCCCCGGCCCAGCAGUCCAUUUUCAACAGAUGGCAGCACAGUCGGCACACACAGUUUAGGCCACCAGAGGGCCGCCAGGCCAAUUCGCAAACCCCGAAAUCAGGGCACAACACCCCACCGGAGAGAUGCUGAUGCAGACGACCUACCUCCUCCCCCCGAGCCCCCUCCCAGUCAGGGGCAUGGCCGGAUCCAGGGGGCCCGCAGCAUUGGCAGCAUGGCACCACAGGCAGACAGGAAGGCUUCUUCUCUGGAGCGCACACCCAUGUCAGGACCUCUGUGUGGGCCGGACGACAUUAAGAGUUCCAUGGACAGACACCUGAGAACUUCUCUGGAGCAUCACCGCCAGAUUCAAGAGAGACUCGGUUCUAUGGAGCGAGCUGAGGAUGGGCAGCGCGGGCACAAAACAGAGGAUGGAUGCUUGCCAUACAGUAAGCCAUCAUUCCCCUCCCCUGGGGGCCACAGUUCUUCUGGUACAGCUUCGUCCAAGGGCUCGACGGGGCCACGCAAGACCGAGGGCCCACGGCAACCACAGCAGUGGACCGCCUCGGAGCACGCAGAAUUCCUAGGAACUAACGGGCAAGGACAGUACACGGGAGAGUUAUAGUGUUUUUCCGGGUGUGAAGCAGAGCUGCUGGACUUUGUCCUCACCUGUGAGUUCUCAGAGGGAACCACAGACAGAAGCAGUUUUACAGAACUGUAAAUGUGAUGUAAAGAUACUGACAUGUCACUAUGGUUUUGUCCCCAAAACAAUAUUUUCCACCUACUGUAAUGUUCUUUUUGUUAAAAAAAUUCAAGUUAAAAAACAAACAAAACAUCUGAAAACAGAUUUAUUUGGGGGAAAGAGAAUUUUUAUUUCCUGUAAAUAUUUUCUUUGACUUGUUGCAUUGCUAUGCAAACCUGAUUGAGUUUGAGCUUUUUAUUUCCAUUACCAGAAACAUUUGAGUUUUUUCUGGUUAUUUGUAUUAUAUGUGAAUUGAGUGGCUUUUGUGCCAAAAAAGAUUAUUGUUUUAUAAUCCUGAGUUUGUUGAUAGUCACUUUUAAUUAUUAUUAUUUUUAUUAUCAUUAUUAUUAUUUUUUAAUGAUUCUUUUUGCACUGCAAAUUUUGGUGAUAAGCACAAAAACAUAGCUCCUGCUGACAUGAAGAACCGGAAGAAUAUGUGAAGAGGAGUUUCUGUACUGUAAAGUAAAGAGUAGAUUAUAUACUAAUGUACAGAGAGAUAUUAAAGAGGAACGCUUGGUUCCGACAGCCACAAGUGAGGUGCUGGUUUCCACGGUUUCAGAUAAAACAAGGUCCCUGAAGGUGUAAAGUGCAGACACGAGAUCAGAGGACGGAGAGGAAGGGUUCAGUGUUGCCGGGGUUUAUUUACGUCUUGAGUUCCCGGUCCCCCAAAAACAGAAGCAGUAAGCCUGCAAUGAUUUAGAAAUACUUUGAGGGGAAUUUUUAAUUUUUUUUUAGUUUGUUCAGUGAAGCAGCAAAUGUUCAAGAAAACAUACAUACGAGCGCUCCAAUCAGGGCAGAUUUGCAUUCCUGUUAAGGCCUUAAAGCAUACAAACAUCUACUAAAGAAUAGUUAUUAUUCUUACUUGCAACAUCAAAUCUAGACCCUCUAAAAUCAGCGAUGGAGCGAUGGUGAUUGUUUACAUGUUUAAUUUUUUUAUGUGUUUUAGUUCCAGCCAUUGCUUUAUAAAGCACUUAGUUUUGUUUGACAGUUUUUUUUUUUCUAAUACUCCCCAGGAAGGAACAAAACUUGGCCCUGUUCAAACCAGCUGAGAGCUGUCUGUGUGAUUUAUCAAAGUUGCCAUAGAAGUUGUUGCCUCAGAUAUUGAAACAAUUAGCACAGUCUCAUGUCAGAAAGAAGGAUGAGUGAGAGUUAUGACAAACACGAUGGAGCUUUUUGAGUGGAGGUGGUGACGGAGAAAGGCCUCAUCCCGAGACUUCCACUGCCUCCCUGUCUGCAGACACAGCGUGGAGCAGAACACUUUCUUACUGCCUGACUGCCACAAAAUACACUGAUCAUCUGCCGCGUUAAAAAUGUUCACUCUGAUUUUUCAUUUUUGUCUUAUUCAUUUUUUUUUUACAACGUCCCUCUUUUGAGAAGCUUCUGUCUUCGUACGCCUUUUACUCCAAAACGCUGCUUAAAACAAUGUUUUAAAUUGUAAUAUUCAGGAUUUUUGUGGUUCAAUGACUGUUUGUCUUUUGUUUUUCUUCUUUUUGUACUACUAAUGUUGAUAAAUGGGGUGGGAAGCUAAAGGCCAUCAGAUGCUGUUGUACUGUUGUUGUUUUUCCAUCUAUUUUUUUUUUUUUUUAAUUUUUUAACCAUCCAUCUAGUGGCCAGUGUUCUGGAAAUGAGGUGCAGAGAGUAUCUCAGGUUAUUUUACAUUCUGGCGCUGUUCAUGUAUGUAUAUAUGUGUAUAAAUAUCCAUAUACAUCUCCACUUGAUGAUGCCAUUUCAAUGUUAUCAAUGCAAACCUCCCACUCAUGUCAGAUUUCUGUCGUUUCCCCUUUUUUUUCUUUCUGCUGUGGACUUAAUGUGCUGGUUGAUCCAUCUUUGGACAAGAUGUCAGUAAGAGAACAAGCCAAAUUAAGAUUGAUAUUUCUAACGUCUAUUGCUUUUUAGUGUCUCUUUAUUACCCAUUGUUUUCUUUUGAACUCACAGUGUCGUUUUGUAUUUAUUAAAAAGAUAAUAAAGGUAUAUUGUGAAAUAUGCAUAAAGAUUUGUGAGAUAUAAAAUGUGUUUUUCCGUUCCUUGUAAAGUUUGAUGUUGGAGCCAAGCAGCCAGGCCAUAAGGAGACGUGCUCCCGGUGCGGUUGGAGAACCGGGUCAGCUGCCGUCCGAGUCACUCUUCGUCUUGCAUGUUCACUGCACUGCUCUUCUCAUGUCAGAGCUAGAGACUUUUCCACACAAGGAGUACGAACGUUCAGUUUGCUUGUGAAGACAAAGAAAUCGUCUUUUUAAAAGGAUGAAAGUGCUUUACCCUCUUUUGUUCAUUUUUUCAAUAUUGUUGGUUCUUUGUAGCCUAUCUGUAUGUUGCAUUUUUGCUAUAAAAGAGGAUUAAAAAGACAAAAAGAGAAAGUUGUUGGGUGAAGUUUUUUUUUUUUUUUUCUGUACAGCUCAGGGUGAGGCAACACCCCAUAUCAAAUACCAUUUCUACAAUACAGUACAUGCUCCUUUUAUUCCUUUGUGCACCACCUUCUGUACUUACAUGCAUGUCCAUGUCAAAAGAGUGAAUCUAGAAAAGAAAAAAAAAUCUUUUGCAGUCUCUCUACCUGUAAAAUAAAACCAAUGCUUUAAUUUCCUUGUACCUGGAUCAAUCUCUAAUAAAAUAUUUUUCAAAAAUG